GUAACUAACUAGCGGAAAUGACACCGCCUGCUACUUUGGCAUAUACUGCCGGUCUCGCCUGGACUGGUCCGAUGCAACCGCUUCAUUCUUCUCCAACAAAUCUCCAACUGGUCUUCUUCCACCUGCUGAACACAGAACGGUGCCAGGCCCCGUUCAAGACCAUCGGGCAUCGCUUGGGCUUCUUCUCCAGCUAACUGCAGUUGACUGACGGACUAUCUCCCUAGCAAGGGCCUCUCACUGCUCCGACGUGUCGACGGGCGAGCAGCUCGUGUCUCCAUUUCUUUUCCUUGACUAGAUCCGCACGUCCAGUCAAUUACCUUCCUUUCGAAUUCAGGCCAAUCAUCAUGACUACGGACGUGAGCUACACAGCGUCACGUAUGCUCUCCUCCGACAGCUCUCGGGAUCCGAGCUACAACGACUUCUCCUUCCUCCCUUUCCUACGCAAGAGUUAUGGCUUUGGACUCGCCAGCGAUGUGCCGGUGUGCAAAGCAUACAGCGAAGGCCACUGUCCCCUAGGACCGGCCUGUCCUGAUCGGCAUCCCACCCCCUCGCGCGUCACCACGUCGACCACUACUGCCUCGGGACUGGCCCCGUCGACAACACACGGAUCUCUAGUUUGCAAGCACUUCCUCAAGGGGCUCUGCAAAAAGGGACUCAAAUGCGAGUAUCUCCACGAAUACAACCUUCGCCGCAUGCCAGAGUGCCAGUCCUUUUCGCGGUCCGGCUACUGUCCUAAUGGCGAUGACUGUCUGUACCAGCACGUACGGGAGCAGGCGCGACUGCCUCCCUGUGAACACUACGACCGGGGAUUUUGCGAACUGGGCCCGUUAUGUGCCAAGCGGCAUGUCCGCCGACGCCUGUGCCAGUACUACCUGGCUGGGUUCUGCCCGGAAGGCAAAGGCUGCGUGGAUGCUCAUCCCCGGUGGUCGGAGAACCUUCCCCGACCCCAGAUCCGGGUCGAGAAGACGGAAGAAGAGCUGGAGCGGGAGCGGGCUUUGAUCCGGGAGGAGCAGGAGAAGGAGAAAGAGCGGGAGCGCGAGUGGAGGAGCGAACGUGGCCGUGGCGGAGGCUUCAUGCGGGGCCGGUACCGGGGCCGGGGACGCGGUUAGAACUGAGAAGCCAUUGUUGCAGGGGGGUGCGUGUUCGUUUCCGGAUUUGAGCUUACAAAAUCGUCGAGA